UGAAAUUCAGACAUACACGAACAAAAAUGUCGACGUUUGAAAAUCCAUCACCUGAAGAGAGACAAGCUAUCGAAGAGCUACGCUCUCGAAUUGAAAAUGACUUGUCUCAUGAAUUAAAAACAGAUAAGACUCUUUAUUAUAGAUUUCUCAAAGCCCGAGAUUUCAAUGUUGACCAAGCAGAAGCUAUGCUAAGAAAGCACAUCACAUGGAGAAAAGCAAGUCAAAUAGAAAACAUUUUGAACUGGAAAUACCAGGAUGUUAUUACGAAUUACAUAACAUCAAGUCCCAUAGGUUUUGACAAAGAAGGUUCCCCUGUCAGAUACUGGCCAGUGGGUAAUCUUGACCUAAAAGGCAUAGCUAAGACAAUCAAAGUCAGCGAAGCAGUUCGAUUAGUUAUUUACGCUUGUGAAUUAGACCUAAAACUAAUGAAAGAACGAAAUGCAAAACUUGGAAAAUCAGCUACUCAGUGCGCAUACAUAUAUGAUCUGGAGCAUCUUACGUUUUCAAAAGCCACUGAUAAGGACUUUUUAGAGACAUCACUGAUGGGGCUAAAUAUAUUUCAAGACAACUACCCAGAACGUGUAAAAGCAAUUUACGUUAUAAAUGCUUCUGUUUACUUCACAAUUUUGUUCUCCGUAAUAAAGACAGUUUUGGCUGGAGCACUCAUUAAAAAGAUACGUGUUUUUGGUACAGAUGGAUGGAGAGAAGCUUUACUGAAAGACAUAGAUGAAGAAGAACUACCUGCAUUUUUGGGUGGUAAAAAAACAGACCCGGAUGGCAAUCCUCUCUGCAAAACUUUAAUUAUGCAUGGUGGUUUAAUUCCAAAAUCGUACUACAGGACCAAAACCAAGUCGUUAAGCCAAAACCCUGAAGCGCAGAAACUAGUGGUUAAUCGUCUUUCAAAAGCCGAAUUAGAGUUAGAAGUCCAAGAACCUGGCUACUUCAUUCAGUGGGAAUUCGAGACCCAAAGUCAUGACAUUGGAAUUGGUCUCUUCUACAAAGACCCAACGGACAACAAAAGAACUCUUGAAACACUUGUGCCAAGUCAAAGGAUAGAUACUACCCUGGGUACAGAAACAGGAAUGUACAAAUGCGAAAAUAUUGGAACGUACAUACUCGUGUUUGAUAAUUCUUACAGCUGGUUGCAUUCUAAGGAAGUUUAUUGCAUAGCAAAUGUAGUGAAGCCCUCCUUUGAAAACAACAACUUAUAAGCCAUGGAAUUUCCUUUCAUAAAGACAUACUUGUGAACGCAUUUCUACGAUGUUUUAAGUUUACAAGCGGACCAAUCACUUUUAAAUCUGGAUGAUAACAUGACAAGUGCUUGUACAUCAUAAGUGUAUUCUAAAGUGUCAAAUGCUUCAUUUUGUCUAAAUCACCUUCACGAUUUUAUGUUAUAACAUUAUUUUCAGCUAAAAGGCAUUUUUAGCGAAAUGUUUUGUAAUCAAAACUGAGAUGGAUUUUUUACGCAAUGAAGUAAAAGACAUGUCUUACGAAGGAAGUGUAUGUAAUGAAAGUCAGGCUGUGUUCACAGAAAAAAAAGAACAAUUAUUUUCACAGAAAGUGCUAUUAGUUAGCUUUAAAAUUGAAACUUUUGAAUAUCAAAGCGUUGUGUGACUUCAAAAUAAAAUAAAUAAAAUGUUGAACUCGUACCUAAAAAAUAUCCACAAAAUAUAAAAUACAACAGGUUAUAGUUUGCUUUUGUCGAAUCAAUGCUGCUAUGUAGAAUCAAACUAAGUGUAGAUUUAAAUCAUCUACAAAUUCUUUUGACGAAAACCAUAUCUGUGCUACAAGUUUUUUUUCUAGGUAGUAAAAUUCCGCACUUACUCUUAACUAAUCUCUUCAUUAUUGAGCUUUAUUUUUCCCCCUUUCCUUCUUCCUCAUGACAAACAGCUAAUUAAAACACGUUCGCUGAGGCAUGCGUCCUGAAAAUUUAAGUAAUUCAAGUAGUAAAAAUUCAUGCAGUAGCACACGCCUUUAACAUUCAUUUUCCUUUUCUGCAAGUUGAAGUAAAAGAGAAAGCUCAUGAAUGCAAAUUAAGUUCAAACUCCCACUUUUUGAACAUCUUCACCUGGUGGCGCACACAAGGGGAGGGGCCAGGGAUCCAGACCCCUCCCAUCGCCCUUGAGUUUUUUUCGAUUAAUUAUAAUCCUAUUUAUAUAGUAUGUAAAAUAAUUCCAAGCAAAGGCUACAAUAAUUUCAGAUUUAAUAAAUUAAGAAAUAAAAAUUUAUUUUAUCUCUUUCUUCGCCUGCAAAAUCGAACUGUAUGGGAACAUACAAUUUUCCAUAAAGCUGAUUAUGCUUCGCUGUUUUUAUUUUUAAUUUUGAGAAAAGUAAAUACAUUCAUUCUUGCCCUUUCUGAUAUUUUAUAUGGGUAUUUGUUAUUAAUAAAUUAAUUUUAUUAACUAACUCUAAGUAAUUAUUCACCCUUUUUUUUAAAUGUUAUUUUUCCCGAAAAUCAAAAAAAUCAAACCAACAUGCUUGGAUGCGUGUUGGACUAUGAUAUGAGAAUGGUGGACCUUCGAUCCUGGAGACUCCCUUUGAAACAUUCCUGUGUGCGCCACUGUCUCUAGCUGUUAAGUGUUUUUUUUUUUCUGCUACCAUGCUUUUUUGUAGUUCGCAUAAUUUAAAAAGAUCUUUACAUUUGUUUAAACUCGAUAGAUUGUUGAAUAAACUGGUAUUCCAUAACUAAAAUUCUUAUGGUUGAAUGUUUCAUCCACUUGUAUUAUAAAUGUUUUCAAUCUUGGAUGAUGUGCUGUUUAGCGUAGCCGAUUGACUAAACCAUGUUUUAUUUGCCAAACUGUGAUCUUUGCUGUCACAUUAUAAAAGAUGACGAAAACUAUGACAGAGGGGACUCCGUUUAUAUGGGGCUUCCUAUAAUAUAUUUUUAUAAUAAUAUAUAUUCUUCCAAUAAUAUAUAAAAAUAUUUUUUUCCCUCUAAAGUUUGCUGUUCGUGUAUACGUUCUGGAUCAUGCAAUAAUAGGUCGUUCAGGUGCUCUGAAGUUUGUAUUACAUAUGCUGGGAAUGACGAAACGGGAUCUUCCAGGUGUUUCACAGUUUGAAGCUUGUGCUUUACAUGCUUCAACAUUCAACGAAGUCUUAUACAUACAAGAAUAGACGAAAAUAAAUCUUGGAGGAGUCCUAUUGUUUGCCAUUCGUGUAACAUGUGUACACAAAAGAGGGUCUUCCGGGUGCCCUGUACUUUACUGUUCGUGGGUCUUCCAGGUGUUCUAAAGUUUGUUAUUCAUGUAUAGGUUCUGGAUCAUGCGAUAAUGGGUCGUUCAGGUGCUCUGCAUUUUGUAUGACAUAUGGUGGGAAUAACGAAACGGGAUCUUUCAGGUGUUCUACAGUUUGAAGCUUGUGCUUUACAUGCUUCAGCAUUCAAAAUUGAGAAUUCCAGACUCUCUGCAGCUUGCAGAUUGUAUUAGAAGAGACAAAAAUAAAUCCUGGAGGAGUGCUAUUGUUUGUUAAUCCGUGUGAUAUGUGUAUACAAAAGAGGGCCUUCCGGGUGUCCUGCACUUAGCAGUUCGUAUUAUACAUACAGGAAUAGAUGAAACUGCAUCUUUUGGAUGCCCUACAUUUUGCUGUUCGUAUUACACGUGCUAUAAUGGCAAUUUAAAAAAUAUCUACGGAAAGACGCAUUUAAUGAAUGCGUUUUUAAGUACCUCUCAAUUGCUCUGCAACACUACCUUGAUCCUAGCUCAAAACGUUUUGAGGAAAUGAGGAACGAUUGAGUUCUUUUCGUGGACACCUUUUUAUUUUGAACAGAUUUUUUUUUCUUUUGUUUAAAUUCAGCUGAUAACAAAAAUGGAUACUUUAGAAAAGAUAAGGAACAUAUAAGACUUAAAAAAAUCUUUUAAUUUCUUCAGAAGUUUGAGUUAGGAAUACGCUAUUUCGGAGUAGGAGGUAGAUUUUAACUGCAAAAGGCUGAUAAAGUGCUGUUGAUACAUGAAAUGCAACGUUUUAAUGACGUAUAAACAACAGGAAGGAACUCUGAACUUCUUAAUUUGAAUAGAAGAUUUAUAGUAAAUGUAAAGAAAUUUGGUCUAAAGUGAAGUCUUUCCGUCGCAAACAAACUUGAAAUGAAAAUUGUAAAAACACUUUUUAAAAUGAUUUAAUUUUGAUGAAAAUCAAUAAAAAUAUUUUGCAAGAAAAUGUUUUGACUGUCUGAAAAAAUAACUAUUGAAAAUUUCGCUUAGGUUUCACAAAUGAGCGCGUGUGUAAAACUAUAGCUUAUUUUUGUUUAGGUGUUGCUAAGUUCUCCUUUGUUAGACAAAUUAUCUCUCAAAAUAUUAAGCAUUACACAUUUGCACCUUCUCCCUUUAAUACAGUGUUCUAAAUAAAAAUUAUUCUCACCGGUGGGGGGGGGGGGAGGAAGAAAAAAUAGAGUAAAACAUUUUUACAUUUUCAAAUUAUAAAAGAGUUGAAAUUUUUUCGGCUCACACAAUUCUUUGUAAUGUCAUACAAAGUUUAAGACUAAGGUGUUAAUAACAGCAUUAAUUUCAUUAUGUAUGACGUACUUUUUUUGUACGUUAAGUCUUUUAUAAAUUAAGCUCACUUUAUUUAUUAUUGUGCAAAUUACUGUCUGCUUCAAGUUCUAAUCCAUUUUAAGUGCAUGAUUUUCUUAUUCUGGGAAAACUGUUUUAUAUUGCUACGUAGAAAUGUAAAAAAAAAAAAAAAAAACAA